GGAGAAAUGUCUGGAAUUCCGUUUCCGCUUUAGGGAGUGGACGCUGAUUUUUUUUUUUUUUUUCCCCAACCAACUUUCAUCUCCACGUAAACUCACACAGUUUGGGUUCAACUGUGGUGGAUUUAACCGUUUAUUUUUUCUAAACUAUGGCUUCUUCGCCUCAGAAGUCUCCGUCCUCCCCGAAGUCUCCGACGCCGAAGUCUCCGUCUUCCCGAAAAAAAGAUGACUCUUUCCUGGGAAAACUUGGUGGAACUUUGGCCAGGAGGAAAAAGGCUAAGGAAGUGUCUGAGCUACAGGAAGAAGGGAUAAACGCCAUCAACCUUCCUCUCAGCCCCUCCCAUUAUGAGCUGGAUCCUGAGGACACCAUGCUAGAGGAGAAUGAAGUGCGCACCAUGGUGGAUCCAAACUCCAAGAAUGACCGCAAACUACAGGAGCUCAUGAAGGUGCUGAUCGACUGGAUAAAUGACGUCCUGGUCGGAGAGAGGAUCAUUGUGAAGGAUCUGGCUGAAGAUCUGUAUGAUGGACAGGUCCUGCAGAAGCUCUUUGAAAAGCUGGAAGGGGAGAAGCUGAACGUUGCAGAGGUGACGCAGUCGGAGAUCGCCCAGAAACAGAAGCUACAGACUGUUUUAGAACGAAUCAACGACUCCCUUAAGCUCUCCACCAGGAACAUCCGCUGGAACGUUGACUCCGUCCAUGCUAAGAGUAUAGUUGCCAUCCUGCACCUGCUGGUGGCGCUGUCCCAACACUUCAGAGCGCCAAUCCGACUGCCAGACCACGUCUCUAUUCAAGUGGUGGUCGUACAGAAAAGAGAGGGCAUCCUUCAGUCCAGACAAAUUCAGGAGGAAAUCACCGGCAACACAGAGGCUUUCUCUGGCAGACACGAGCGCGAUGCUUUCGACACCCUGUUCGACCACGCUCCAGACAAACUGAACGUCGUCAAAAAGACGUUGAUCACAUUUGUCAACAAACACCUGAACAAGCUCAACCUGGAGGUGUCUGAAUUGGACACACAGUUUGCAGAUGGUGUUUACCUGGUGCUGCUGAUGGGGCUGUUGGAGGGAUACUUUGUGCCUCUCUACAACUUUUUCCUCACACCAGAGAACUUUGACCAGAAGGUUCACAACGUCUCCUUCUCCUUUGAACUGAUGCAGGAUGGAGGUUUGGAGAGACCGAAGCCCAGACCAGAGGACAUCGUCAACUGUGACCUGAAGUCGACUCUCCGCGUCCUCUACAACCUCUUCACCCGCUACCGGAACGUAGACUGAGGGGGGGCGCUGUUCCUUACCCCACGGACCACAUGUACGCUUCCAUCCCCUCUGUCGCAUCACAUUCUGUCCCUGUAGGUUGUUUCUUUUUAUUUCUGCAAAGACGUUCGUUCAUCCGCUCACACACUUAUUUAACCAAACGGAACAAACUAGAGCUCAGUUUGACGACUGCGUAUCUUUUCCCCGAAUCAGUAUUUGAAAGGGGAUAUUGUAUUUUAUAUUUUAUAUCAGCAACAUGUGACUUUUAAUACCGAAGAGAAACUGUUAAACUGUAUUUAUUGUACAUUUUGAUACACGUGCUUUCCAACUACAUCAUUUUAUCUUCAUGCUUUUUAUUUUGUGCCUUUUUUUGUUUUACUUUAACAGUCUUAAAGCUCUGGCUGGAAUGUUUUAAGACAGGGGUGUCAAACUCACGUUAGUUCAGUUCCACGUUCAGCUAAAUUUGAUCUGCAGUGGGCCGAACCAGUAAAAUAAUAACAUAAUAACAUAUAAAUAAUGUCAACUCCAAACUUUCCU